AUGAGCGUUCAGUUAAGACAGCAAUUCGUCAAGGCCAAAUCUGAAGGCCGUGCUGCGCUUGUCACAUUUAUCACAGCUGGGUAUCCAACCAUUGAAGAUACCGUUGAUAUCAUCAAAGGUUUCCAAGAUGGGGGUGUCGACGUGAUCGAGUUGGGUGUUCCAUUCUCCGACCCUAUUGCUGAUGGUCCAGCCAUUCAAGUUGCCAACACCAAAGCCCUUGAAAACGGUAUGACCGUUGACAAAGUGUUUGAACUCGUCAAAAAAGCCCGUGCUUCUGGUGUCACCGUUCCUAUUAUCCUUAUGGGCUACUAUAAUCCUAUUGUGAACUAUGGUGAAGUCGAAUUCAUCAAAGCCUCUAAAGAAGCGGGGGUCAAUGGGUUUAUCGUUGUUGACUUGCCUCCUGAAGUUGCCGUGCAAUUCAGAAACGGUUGUUAUGAAUACGGUCUUAGUUACGUUCCAUUAGUUGCUCCAUCUACUACUGAUGAAAGAUUAGAAGUGUUGUGCGGUAUUGCCGAUUCUUUCUUAUACGCCGUGUCUAGAAUGGGUACCACUGGUGCUACAGGUACUUUAUCUACAGGUAUUGAUGCUCUUAUCUCCAGAAUCCAAAAGUUUUCCGGGUCAACCCCAAUUGCUCUUGGGUUCGGUAUUAGUACUAGAGAACAUUACUUGGCUGCUGGUUCUUCUGCUGAUGGGGUUGUGAUUGGUAGUAAGAUCAUCGGUUUAGUUGGCGAUGCCCCAGCUGGCCAAAGAGGUGCCACUGCUAAGAAAUACGUUGAAAGCAUUUUGAAAGGUGAUGGUACCUUCAGUAAGGAAAUUACCCCAAUUGCCGACGAUGAAUCAUCAAACAAGAAAAAGAUUGCCGAAGAUGUGCAAGAAGUCCACAAAUUCUCCCCAAUGUUUGGUCAAUUUGGUGGUCAAUACGUUCCAGAAGCUUUACACAAAUGUCUUUCUGAAUUGGAACAUGCCUUCGAUGACGCUGUCGAAGAUCCAGCUUUCUGGGAUGAACUCAAAUCAUUGUACACUUAUAUUGGUAGACCAUCUUCAUUGCACGAGGCUGCCCGUUUGACCGAGUAUGCUGGUGGUGCCAAGAUCUGGUUGAAGCGUGAAGAUUUGAACCAUACUGGUUCCCACAAGAUCAAUAACGCCAUUGCCCAAGUGUUGCUUGCCAAGCGUUUGGGCAAGACCAAGAUUAUUGCGGAAACUGGUGCUGGUCAACAUGGUGUUGCCACCGCUACUGCUUGUGCCAAGUUCGGGCUAGAGUGUAAGAUCUUUAUGGGUGCCGAAGACGUUCGUCGUCAAGCUCUUAAUGUCUUUAGAAUCCGUAUUUUGGGUGCUGAAGUCGUUGCCGUUGAAAACGGUACCAAGACUCUCAGAGAUGCUACAUCUGAAGCCUUUAGAUACUGGGUUUCUAAUUUGGACAGCACUCACUAUAUUGUUGGUUCAGCCAUUGGUCCACAUCCAUACCCAACUUUGGUUAGAACUUUCCAAAGCACCAUUGGUAAUGAAGCCAAGGAGCAAUUCAAGCAAUUAAACGACGGCAAGUUGCCAGAUGCGGUUGUUGCCUGUGUUGGUGGUGGUUCUAAUAGUACCGGGAUGUUUUCUCCAUUCGAGCAUGACUUGUCGGUCAAGAUGGUUGGGGUGGAAGCCGGUGGUUCUGGUAUUGAUUCUGACCAUCAUUCUGCUACUUUGACAGUUGGUCGUGUUGGUGUUUUCCACGGGGUCAAGACUUUUGUGUUACAGGAUGACGAUGGGCAAGUGCAUGAUACCCACUCUGUUUCUGCUGGGUUGGAUUAUCCUGGUGUUGGACCGGAAUUGGCUGCUUGGAAGGAAAGUGGCAGAGCGUCAUUUGUCGCUGCUACUGAUGCCCAAGCGUUACUUGGUUUCAAGUUGUUGAGUCAGUUGGAAGGGAUCAUUCCAGCCUUGGAAUCGUCGCACGCGGUUUAUGGAGGGGUUGAAUUGGCCAAGACCAUGAGCAAAGACCAGAACAUUAUUAUCAAUGUUUCUGGUAGAGGUGACAAGGAUGUGCAAACCGUUGCCGAAGUGUUGCCAAAGUUUGGGGAGGAGAUUGGCUGGGAUCUUAGAUUCAACAAGGAUCAUCCAGACAAAUGA